AUGGAUAAUAAGGAGAAUGAAAAGUAGGCUAAAUUAAAGGAAUUUUAAAGAAGAUUUCCAAAUUAUAUGAAUGGUAAGAAAGUUAUAUUUCCAAUAAUGGAUGAGAUAAUAGUUCAAUUUUCAUAAAUAUUUCCAUAAAGUAAUCAAUUUGGAAAGAUGAGAGAAGGGAAUGUAAUUAAAACAUUUUCUCCUAUUCCUUUAAAUCAAUAAAUUGAAAUUACAACUUUCAUAAAUGCUUUUCCAUAUAAUUAGUAAUUUGCAGCUAUGUCAGAUAGCUAAAAUUAGUUUUAAUUACUUCUUUCCCCUUUAUUAAAGUUAACAGGACAUUUGAUAAAAGACUAUCAUACUAAUGCUACAUUUUCAAAUAGUUUUUAAUAUUCAACCUUUGAUACUCAAGAAUAGUCAGAUCGUAUUAAUUUCAAAUUGACUGCUUUUAUUAUUGAGGAUAUAUUUAAGUAUAAAAUGGGUUUAUUAAAACCAAUAGACAUAGCUAAAUAAAGAUAAGUUUAGGAUGAAAUAAAAAAGAAGGGGAAUAAACCUUAAAAAAUGAGUUUAUUGUCAAUGGUAGAAAAAUAAUAAUAAUAAGAAGAAGAAAAAGACUUAAAUUAAGAUUUAACAUUAUAAAGUUAGAAAUAUGAAUUUGAAAAUUAUUUAGAUCCAACUUGCUAAUCUUUUUGGAAAAUAGCUUAUGAAUCAUUUAAUAAAAUAAUAAAAAAAUCAUAAAGAACAAAAUUAUAGGAUAUGGAUAUAGAGUAAGAUUCAGAUGAAUAACCAGAAAUGAUUUAAAAUACAAAUAAUUAAAAAGGAAAUUUAAAUUAAGAAAGUUUAGAAAUGAGAAGAUAAUAAAUAAUUAGUAAAUAUUAAUAACUCAGUAAAUUAAAGGAUUAAAAUAAGAAGAAAAGUAAAAUAACAAAAUAAUAUUCACAGAUUAAAUCAUUUAAGAUUAAGGAUAAGUAUAAUGAUUUAGAAAUGAUAAGAUUCAAUAAUCUAUUUAAGUUUUUAAUUUAGAAUUGGCCAGCUAUGCUACUUUAAUCAAUUAAAUUACCUUAUGUUUAAUCAUUAUUUACUGAUUUGGAGUUAAGAAAUAUAAAGAGUAUUGGUCAAAAUGAUUUAGGUUAUUUUGGAUUGAAGGCAAAAUAGAGAGCUGAUAUUACAAGUAAUCUUAUAGAAGGAGUACGUGAAACUGAUAGUUUUAAAAUAAUUAUUGAGUAUAGAUAAGAAGUUAUAGAAGCAGUUGGAUUAGUAUUGGAAAAUGUUCAAGAUGAAUUAAACAAUAUCAAUCAGACAUUAUAAAAGAAAGAUUGUCAAUAUACUCAAUAAUAAUAGUAAUAAUAUCGAAAGAUUUAUAAAUAAUAUCUUUAAUUAGUUGAAUUUAGUAGACUUUUCAUUAAUGGAUGUUUAUAUUUGGGUUCUGAUAUACAUGGUUAUGAUUACCAUAUAUUCUCUAAUGAUAUUGAUCAUAUCUAUUAAAAUAAUGGUUCAGAAUGGAGAGUAUUAGAUGAAAAUCAAGUCUAAUAAUUAUUUAAGACUUUAAAUGUUUGUGGUGUAAAAGAAAGAGAAUUGUAAACUAAUAUUUAAAAAUUAAUGGCAUGUGAGUUGUUUAAUGAUUAGGAAACAAAAGAAUUAAUUACAAUAAAAAAUGUUGAGUAAUCUUAAGUAUAGGGUGGUAAUAGAAGUCCAAAAUAAUUAAUAGUUAAAAUAUUACUAGAAGUUGUAUAAAAGUAUACUGAUAUUUUAAUGGUGAGAAAAAUGAGAUGGGAAUCAUAUAAGAUAAGAGAAAAGUUUCAAAAUACUAUUAAAACACUUGAAAACCCUUUAGAUAUGGUUGAUUUUAUGAAAAUUUUAAUUGAGUAAUUUGAAACUGCUUAAGUAUUAAUUAUAGAUUAGUAGAAAAUGUAAAAUGGAAACCAAUAUGAUUAAAAAGAUUUAAAAGAAUUUUAGUAAAGAUUACGAAUAUAUGAAAAUAAAUUAUAAGGAUUAAAAGAACCAGAGAAAAUUUUAUUUUAUGAUAAUCAAUUAUUUUAAAUGAUGGAAUCUAAAGAAUAUAUAAAACCUAAUGGUGUUAAAUUUAAUACAAAAUUUUGGUAAUAAAGUUUAGGAUUAGAAGUUAAAGAAGCAUUGAUGAAUUUUGCUAAUAAAGUAGAUAAAGAUAACUAAUAAUAUGAUGUUGUAUUUAUGGCUAAUACAUUAUUAUUAGCAGUUUAAGAAUAUGAACUCUCAAGUUCUCCUUAAGAUAAUGAAGAUGAUGAAUUACUUAAAUAGAUAGUAAGAGAAGUAAAAUUUGAUAAUUCGAAUAUUUUAUAGAAAACUGAUAAUCAUUAAAUUAACAACUAAAUUAUUGAAUUAGAUUGA